AUGGUGAGCAAUGCAGAGCAUGAACAGCCCCUCAACCUUUCACCAUUCUGGAAAUGCAUGUGGGCAGACAGUCCAGGCGAUUUCUAUGUCUCUCUCGCCAACGAAUAUUAUGAUGGUGUCAGCAGCCAAUCGGCAGCACCUCCGCUUGUUGAAUUGGAACGUGAUUUCGAGAAAGCAGGCAUUCCGGGCCUGCCAACACUCUACGAGGAACAACCUUUUGUUGGCCUCCGCGAUGAAAUAACCAUCACUCAACGGUCUCGCUACGUAGGCACGACCCGCGGCUCUGCGACAAAAUCUUCGACACUACCAGAGACGUGUUUCCCCCUCCACACUGACCGCACACGGGCAGCAUCAGAGCGGUCCAUAUCACAUCUUCCUCCGUCCAUCUUUGCUUGCAUUCGCAAAGUACUGUCCUCCAAUCCCUCCUUCGCAAGCGGUGUCAUUUCCGCUAUUCACCGACUGCCGUCAUACAAGCGCGACGUUCUGAUUGACCACGAUGCGACUGAUAAUACGGAUUGUCCCGAUGGGUCAUCAACGGGUACCUCGCGGUCUUUUGAGAAGGACCCUAAGAGGCGCCGAACCGCCCGCAACAACUCUAAAAAAGGGCGUGGCAAAGAGCCCCCAGAUGGUGAUGGAGUUGGAGGUGAUGAUGGAGACGGUAAUGGAAGAAAUGGAGGUGAUGGAGCUUCCUCGUCCUCGACCAAAGGGAGUAACGAGGACAAGGGACGGCGUUGGAUCUGUCCCUACCAUCUUGCAUACCCCGAGGUAUACUGGAUUCCACAUCUCAAGGACUGUUCUCCGGGGAACAUGGUCGACCCAAAUGAAUGGAGGAAGCACUUGAAUACGCACCAUUCCCCCGAGGCAAAGACCAAGCACCUAGCGAAGAACAAGGGACUUGACGCCAACAUGAUAGCGAAGUUCUACAUGAACGAUGCUACUUUGAAGGCCGUCCUACAAGAAAUCAGCUCGCACACCAAGCGGCCACGCGGUGACGAUCGCAACAAAUAUCGGACAGACGUUUUUGUCAAAGUCUGGAACAUGAUCUUCCCCAAAGACAAGUUUCCCGAUUUCAAUGAACCUUUGUCGGCCUUUCAUUGUGAAGACAUGAACUUGGGAGACCGGCUUGCAAAGCAAGCUGAGACCCUGCUAGAUGCCAUGUAUGAUACCAAGGCCGUUGAGGCACUCAAUUCCGGGGCACCCAACCUUCUACCCACCGCGACGGAAACAAAAGAGUACAUGGCAAAGGCCAUAGCUAUCGUGCUUCUUAACGAACCUGCUGCUACUGGGCCUACACAGUGGCUCGCUCGCGCCUCUUCCCAAGCCGUGAAGGUAGCUGGAAGGGAGUACAGUACAGGGUCUGCUUCCACGUCGAUGACCACCUCCUUCGACGAAGUCCCUCGUGCCGGCGAACCUGCAGUCAACCCUACAGUGUCUGACAGGUCUCACCCUGUGCCUGGUACUGGGCAUCUUUGGCCUAUUCAAUUAUUCCCUAACGGGACAUGGACAGAGGUACUCCCUUGCAACUCAACCUUUACGCAAGAGGCAUAUCUCACUCUAUCGCCCAACGCUACCAGACCGGGUCCAGGUCUAAGCAACGCGGCGCCUAUGAUGAGUCCGGCCUUUGGCAAUGCCUUCUACAACACCUUGCAAACCCCAGUUCCAACUCAACAGGCCAGCUGGGACCCAUCGAUCCACUCCGGAAGUCAGGACGUCUCGCUACAGGAGAUUGAAGGAGGAGCCGCAGUUUCGCAGGAGUUUGGUAUUUAA